AUGCCUGGUCAAUAUCUCCACAUGCCUCCUCCAUUGCCUGUAAAAGGGCUACCUGUUGAUGAGGAUGACGGUCGUACACUUUCCAGCGCCAGGCAGAGAAGAACUCCUCAAUGGGAUUUAAGAAUGGAGAGUAUGGAGGCAGGUGUGUCUUUGCAGACAUACAACACUAAUGCGCAGGUCCCGGACAGCGCAGGCACAGCCACCGCUUUCCUCUGUGGGGUCAAAGCAAACGAGGGCACGGUUGGUGUGUGUGCAGCUGCGGUCCGCUCCCAAUGUAACACCACAGAGGGCAACGAGGUCACCUCCAUCCUCAAAUGGGCGAAGGAUGCAAGAAAGUCCGUGGGAAUUGUGACAACAACACGUCUUACCCACGCAACUCCAAGUGCUGCCUACGCCCACUGUGUAGACAGAGAUUGGUACUCUGACAAUGAGAUGCCACCUGAAGCCCUGCAGUCCGGCUGCAAGGAUAUUGCCAGACAACUUUUUGAAAACAUUCCCAACAUCGAUGUGCUUAUGGGUGGAGGGAGGAAAUAUAUGCAUCCCAAGAACAUGUCAGAUGUAGAAUACCCGAAUCAAGCAAAGCAUAGCGGCACACGAAACGAUGGAAGAAACUUGGUGGAAGAAUGGAAAGCAAGAAUGAAGGAUAUGAAGGCCCAUUAUGUAUGGAACAAGAAUCAGCUCCUAUCUCUGGACCCUAGAAAUGUGGAUUACUUGCUGGGUAUUUUUGAACCUAAUGAUAUGUCUUACGAUUUGGAGAGGAACAGUGACACUGAUCCUUCACUAACAGAAAUGGUGGAUGUAGCCAUCAAGAUCCUAAAGAAGAACCCCAAUGGAUUUUACCUCCUUGUGGAAGGAGGACGCAUUGACCAUGGUCACCAUGAGGGUAAGGCCAAGCAGGCUUUGCAUGAAGCUGUGGAAAUGGAUCGAGCCAUUGGCCGGGCAGAUCUGCUGACCAGUACACUUGACACGCUGACCGUUGUUACCGCAGACCAUUCACAUGUGUUCAACUUCGGAGGCUACACCCAUAGAGGAAGCACAAUAUUUGGCCUGGCCCCUAUGUUAAGUGAUAUUGAUCAGAAGCCUUUCACCUCCAUUUUGUAUGGAAAUGGACCUGGCUACAAACUUGUCAAUGGGCAACGAGAGAAUGUUUCCACAAUUAAAUACGAGGAUAACAACUACAGAGCCCAGUCAGCUGUACCUCUGAACUACGAGACUCAUGGAGGGGAGGACGUGGCUGUCUUUGCUAAAGGUCCCCUAGCUCAUCUGCUGCAUGGAGUCCAUGAGCAAAACUACAUUCCCCAUGUGAUGGCAUAUGCGGCUUGUAUUGGCCAGAACAAGGAUCAUUGUUAUUCAAAGGACGGAGCAGUGGGCUCAAAGCCAGUGUUUUCAAGCAUUGCAACCAUUCUAACAAUCACUCGGCUCCUGUGCUGACCCCCCACAGGCACUGUUUUCCAUCAAUAUUGUUCUUAACCGGUUUCCUAUUUCAAGAUUUUUUUAUGUAGUGUUUUUCAUUUUGUAAUGUCUCCAUAUGAUAUUUUUAUAAUGAGACUGAGUUUUACAUAAUUAAUCAAGAAAAUUGUGAGUUCCUAUUCAGCAAUGCCUGAAUUUAUGUAGAUUGAUUUAUCAAAAAAAAAGGAGGUUCAAACCAGCAACAACAGCUGAGCCAAAAAUAGGACAUGUUAACAGCAAGCAUUUUCUCUCCUGGCUGUUUCAGCAGUUCAGUGAAGAAGGCUGGCAGAGGGUUGUUCAACCAUAUAGUCCUAGGGGGGGUUAAAGGGAUUUGUCAGCUCACUUCAGUUGUUUAAUCUUUUAUGAAAAAAAAAUGAUUCUGCUUCAAGUCAAAGGGGAACAUACCACUUUAACUAUUUCUCUCUUAUAGAACAAUACACAAUACUUGCAUACGUUUUAGGGGUGUGUGAAAAGGUACUGUAAACAACAAAAGCUUUCAAAAACUAAAGUGUACUCAUUUUGAUUUAAAAGAUCUAAAACAUUAAUUGAAUGAACAAAGAGAUCUAAAUCAAAUCGACAUUGGUGUGUCUUCCUCUUACUUUAAAACCACAUAAAUUUUUGUAGGUAUACUUUCACACAGUUUUCAAAAGAACUAAAAAAUAUAUUUGGGGCCAAUUAUGUGUCUCUGAUAGUCUUGUAUGAUGGAUAAAUAUCUGCCUGUAUUUUAUCAGUACUGAGAACAAUGGUAAUCCUGACCAAAUCUCCUAUUUGAAUUGAUUUAUGGAAUGAAGUCUCAAAUGUUAAAGUAACGUACACCAUACUUCACUGUUACCUGUGGAUGCUCAUUAUUGUACUGUACUUUAGCCAUAUGAUGAACAAACUGCCUUCUGCUACAGCCAUAUAUUUUCAUUGUUGGUAGUCACCUGCUGCCUUAGGAACCCCCAGUUCCUUUUCUUUUUGCUUAUAUUUAAGUCAAUAGGCAAUAUAUCCAUGUCAGAGGUAUUGCUUUUGUUGGCUGCAGCUCUUUCAUGAAUACCACUUCAGGCUUCUUCAGAUAGUAGAUAUUUCUGCUAGUUAUGUGCUGAUGGCAGUGAUAGACAUCUUACCAAUUAUGAAAGGAAAUAAGUUUGAUGCGUCUUUUAUCUGCCACACUGUUUCCUUGGCCAACCACUGCAUCCACAAUCCCCAACCUUGCAUGUUUCUUUAUCUUUCUUCAUUGUUUGAACAGCACAUCUUUAAAAAACCAAGUCUGUUUUGAAAUCUUUGCGAGAGAGACCUCAUCGGUGCAGUAUACCUUGGGUCUUGUUACUAUGCCCCCUCUUGCCAUGGCAUGAAGCUAUCUUUCACAACAUAACCUUGGUAGCAGAUUGUUUGUUCUUUACCCAGUUUUAAGCUUCCUACAGGUCUUUUUCUGUGUUGAUUCUUGACAGUGAUUCAACCUCUCUGGGAUAAUCAUUACACAUGUUGGUAUACCUGGUGGAUAAUACACCAGACUAUAAACCUAUAAAAUCCUUGACAUUGUGCGAGUGCACCUAUAGAUUGAUGCUAGUUUGAAGGAAAAAGCUAUUGACAUGCUUUAGUUACUCUUUCUAGUUCUUUAUAUUUCUGAAAGCAAUGUUGGUCUACAGCUUUUUUCCCACUUGCCUCAAAUGUUUGCAUAUAUAUAUAUAUAUAUAUAUAUAUAUAUAUAUAUAUAUAUAUAUAAAACUCCAGAAGCCGUGCCAAGAGUUCAGCACAAGAGGACUGUUCUGACUGAAUGAUUACUUCAACCGCUCUACUCCUUAGGAACACCUCGCCUGCUCAAAAACGUAAAUACAAAAUAGUAUGUUUGCCAAUCAGCAUCAAGUAGCUAGCUAUACGACCCAACAUAUUUAGGCGAGUUAUCCAAUCAGUACUCUACAUUCUCACUGCUUACCUCGAGAAACCGAGGCUCAAACCUCAGGGAUUUCUCUUUAACACUCUGACAGUGUCCAAGAGCGGAAUCAACAGCGAAUUAAUGCACAACAUACUCAUGAAAUCAGGCGCAUUUAGCACAUUUUUAAUGCAGUUAAUGACUAAAUUUAUAAAGUUUGACGAUGCAUAUUUUACAAAUAAUUUUAUUAAAUUUACGCAGGAGGAUAAUCAUUACUAUAUAUAUGCGCUGUAAAGUAUUCGCUCACUUGCCUUGACUUGCAUUUGAACUUUAACAACAUCCCCUUCUUAAUCCAUUAAACCUCCAUUAAAUCUAGAUUGUGACAUGAUGUUGAUCCAUCCUUUGCUGUUUUAACUUAAACUCAGUGGGUUGUUCUCAAGGUUUAUUAUUGUGUUUAUGGGAACUUCUUCUAGGGGCACAUUUGUGAGGUCAUAGACUGAUAUUGGACAAGAAGGCCUUGCUUUCAAUCUUUAUUUUAUCCUAAAGGUGUUCUAUGAGGUAAAUGACCAGACUUUAUGCAGGUCAGGCAAACUCAUCCACACCAAACUCCUUCAUCCAUGUAUUAGUGAACUGGUGCUCAGCCAUCUCCUAGCUGUCCCUACAAAGUUAGGAGAAUAUUGUGCAAAAUCUCUUGGAAUGCAGAAGCCCACAUGGCAGCACCCAAUCAAACGAGUAGGGGUGUCAGGAUCAGAUAUUAAUGUCGGAUUAAAUUGGUUGGCAAAUGAAAUUUCUGAUAUUGGCAUGCUGAUAAUAAAACACUCUGCUUCUAUUUAAA